AUGUUUGUCGGUAGUGAGGCUAAGAAGCGCGUGACACAGGGAAAGGGCGGCAGCGGCGCCGUUGUAAGGUUUACACUUGUUGUGGCCGCCGGUUUCUUUUCUGUUCCAUUUAUUGCACACUAUACGAAAGGGACAAACUUGACUGCUCAGAAGGACCCACUCAACGCAUCACAGACUCGACGCGGAGCUUACGCAAAUAGCGGCUCUUGUGACGCUGGCGCCGAUCCAAAUUGGGAUUUAUCGACGGGCACGUAUAGAGGCCGACGAGGACCGAGGGUUACAGAAUCCAAGCACGUGGGCAAUAGAUAA